UCGUACUUCCUAUUAAAAAUCAAAUAUAUCCGCGAUACAUGCGUACGUAACAAUCGUAACAUGUAAAUUCCUGUUUGUCGACUGAACUGAGAACACCGAACACCGUAGGAAUUCUUCUGUUACCCUCGAGAGAAUCGUAAGGAAAACAGUCCCAAUGAGACCGACGAACUUUCUGAAUCCGAACUACGUGCUAAUUCGAGAUGCAUCGUUGGAGAUAAAGGAUUAUCGUCUGAGAAGUUGCAGAGGAUAAAACGAAGUCCGCUGGGAAAGCGCUCUGCGAGGAUCGGGAUACAAGCCAGAGUACCAAAGAUAAAAUCAAGAUAAUAAUGUAAAAAAUUGCGACAGUGAGAAUAAUCGACCUAGUAAAGAGAUAAAACAUUCUAAAUAACGUUCUGUAAAUUUCAAAGUAGUCUAAUAUGAUAAUAAACGAAACGAUUUUUGAAAUAGUCCUUUUUUUCAAGUAGUAUCGUGAUAAGCAAAAUUCGAGGUACUUAAACAAAAACCAUUUAAAACUUGUCUACUUGAAAGUAAAAACAAUGAAUUAGUCAGCUGGAGUUACAUGGGAAUUAAUUUUAAACGAUUUGAUGAAUUGAUUUCGAGGUAUUCAAUCAUUCGUGUGUAGGAAAAUCAAAAUAUUUCGAGUACAGUAGAAGAUUACAUUGAACCGACGGAAAUCGAUAUAUUACAUCGAUAUAGAGGAAGGCACGAGCCAUGGAUUUGAAUGUCUCGUCGAACCACUACGUUUGUGAUCUGCAAUCUUUUCAUUCUCGUUACUUUCAAUUACACGGAUGGAUCUCCCUCUUCGUUUGCAUCUUCGGUUCGAUCGCGAAUAUCCUCAAUAUCCUUGUGCUGACUCGUCGGGAAAUGCGAUCGCCGACGAAUAUUAUAUUAACUGGAUUGGCGCUGGCGGAUCUGCUGGUAAUGAUCGAUUAUAUCCCUUACGCGUUCCACCUUUACCUCUAUCGUCGAUCAAGGAAGGACAAGUUCAGCUACGGAUGGGCAAUCUUCGUGCUGUUUCAUUCGAACUUUGCACAGGUUUGUCACACCAUUUCGAUUUGUUUAACUUUAAUACUGGCGGUGUGGAGGUACGUAGCGGUGGCAAAGAAAAACAGGGAAUGGUGCAGCUACAGGAGGACUAUUUUUGCGAUUUUGAUUACGUACGCUUUAUGCCCUGUGCUUUGUGUACCUUUAUACAUUACAACAGAAGUGAGAGAAAAAGUGGAGGUUCUGGAUUCCAACGGUAUGAGCGUUAGCCAGAGUAAAUCUCUCAUCAAUUCACCUGUAGUAGAAACGGUGAACACAACCCUCUACUUCGUCCAAUUUACGGAAACAGCAGAGAAUCACGAUGUACUGAAAGCAUUGAAUUUCUGGAUUUACAGCAUCGUCAUCAAACUUUUCCCCUGUGUCGUUCUAACUGUCGUCAUUUUGAAACUUUUGCAAGUUCUGCUCGAAGCGAAGCGAAGGAGGCGAAAGUUAACGAAUAUGCACGAGGACAAUUUCGAUCGGAAAAAGAGUUCCAGAAGAGCGGAUAAGGAGAGACAGACCGAUAGAACUAAGAUGAUGCUGCUUGCAGUUUUGCUCCUGUUCUUACUGACGGAAUUACCACAGGGAAUCCUCGGACUUUGUAGCGUGCUGCUGGGACCAGGCUUUUUUCGGACUUGUUACCUGAUGUUAGGUGACGUUAUUGAUAUGCUGACCCUUGUCAAUUCUGCCAUAAACUUUAUCCUUUACUGCACAAUGAGUAGACAAUUUAGAAAAACGUUCAACGAACUUUUUUGUAAAAACUGGAGGAUCACCAGGAACACCGGAAAACAAAUUCUCAUAGAAAAUAAUGGGCAUACGGGUACUAAUCACACGGUAACACAAGUAACACAAGUGUAGUUAGUAAGAAAAUAGUGGACUUUUCUUUUUUUAUGUUUUCGUCCACCAAACUCCAUUACAAAUAUCGUUUUUAAAUAACAAAUUUUAAGUACUUCACAUAUUUUACCUCAUAAUAACUUUCUUCUUUGUAUUAAACAUGUGAUAGAAAACUAUGAGUAUUAAUUUUGUAAAAUAAUUACCUUUACAUCUAUAUUAAUAAUAUAAUAAUAAUUGCAGUACUUCUGAUUAACGUUUACAUAAAAAUUAAUUGCUAAUUUUAAUUUUACCUUAUGAGACGAAAGUUCCAGUUGUGGUAGAAGUGAAUCUUAUGGGCUGAUAGAUGGCGCCAACGACAGACUACUGUAACAUGUUCACGAAAUUUUAAUGCAUUUAUGAAUACCUGGAAAUAUCACUGCCGUAUUGAAUUUAAGAAAAAAAAUAAAUCAUUUUUGCCGUUAUAUCAAAGAAAUAUUCAAUACCAAAAUGGUUAAAUGAAAAUAAUUAUAUUACCAAGUAUUCCUAAAUGCAUCAAAAUUCAUUUACAGUGUACUGAGACGGUAUUUGUAUGUUAAUUUUUUUCGUGAUAACCAAGCAGAAACAAUCCAUUAAAACAAUCUAUACAAUCUACACCACUAAUCUUUAUGGCAAAUUAUUCUAUGUAAAAUUAAUAUGUUCGUUUAAAAGUGUUAAUAGUUUACAGAUUUAAAAAUAAUGAAAGAAAAUGAAAAGUUCAUGAUCCACGAACUGUAUACCUACAUAAUUACAUAUUGCUAAUCAGUAUAGUAACAGAAUUGUUUAACCAAAUCAACGAAAAAGAAAAUAUUCCACUGAUAUUACGUAACUAUUUACGAAAGAUCUUGGACCUUGGUCAAAUUAUACAAAAUUAUACUUUGCUGGUGUAUAUGAAAAAAAACAGCUAAAAAAACAUGUGCGUUAAUUACAUGAAUUGAGAGAAACGGAUGAUAUUUGUAAAGUAUAUUUACUGAAAUCAAUAGACUUUUAAAAUGAUGUAAUACUUUUAUAAAUAUACGUUGCUUUUGUAAAGGACUGAGAAAUGCGGCUUAUGUUAACAUGCUAAUUCUUUGUUAAUAUCAUUGUUAUCACGAAAAAACUUAAGCGCGAAAGUAUUCUUUGACCUACUGCACAUGACUUUCAACUUCAUUAUAAAUGUAAAAAAUGAAGCAUAUGUUUCUCUUUAUAGCAAAAUGAAGAAAAUUUAUGUAAAUAAAUUUUGUGAAAAUAUUUCAUUUCAUGGAGAAUGUACAAAUUGUAAAUAUUAAUAUUUCUACUCGAAAUCAUAUUUGAUAAUAGUUGGUAAGUCAUAUUACUUGUAAUUAGUAACAAGUAUUGAUACG